CCUCACAUGUGACCAAACCAUGACAGUUUACACUGAUGGCAGGUACGCUGGCAGAAACGGUGGAAAAACCCAACCAGUGUCUUUCACGCUACGUCCUGGUACGCAUGUUCUCGCAGUAAAAUGCUUAAACCUUCACGGUGAGGCAGGGAUUCUGGGAAGUCUUAGCAAUGCUUUGGUGACAGACUCUAGAUGGAAAUGUACCGGGCGAGGAAAUAGGUACCGAAUAAAGGGAAAGUAUUGGACAAGAGCCUGGUUUGAUGACAGUGACUGGCCCCAAGCCGUUGAGUACUUUCCUAACCGUGGAUGGACUUAUUGGGGUAAGAUGUCAGCAAUCAGUGAUAAAGCAUUUUGGAUUUGGAGCGCUGACAAAGGGAAACAUGAAGAAGUAUACUGCAGGCGCAGAGUAUCGGACUUUUCUGUGAGACACAGAAAGAGAGGUUUGUUGAAGACCUAAUUGAAACGUUGAAUUUAACGCACGUAAUAUUUUAUUGACACUUAACAUGCAGACAUGACACAGAGUUGGAAAUAGAGACCUUAAGAUUCGAGGACGAGAUUUGACAGGAAUUUUUUGUGUAUUCUCAAAAAAUAUACACCCCAGAAAGCUUCAUUGUGUUUUUUUUCCACCGGAAAGUUAGCACUGUUAUUCUUAUUGCGAGGAAGUUAAGCUCUCCCCCAAUCGCAAAAUGAUGAAACUUCUAACAUUUGAUAACCUGUUUCCUUCACUACGAUAUUCUCGCCAAAACUCGUAGUAGAAUGAAGACGGCUGUCACGUUUUUCCUCCAAAAUGUACUUCUACUGCUACUACUACUACUGCUACUAUUGCUACUACUGCUACUACUACUACUACUGCUGCUGCUGCUGCUACUGCUGCUGCUGCUACUACUAUUUCUACUACUACGUGUACUCAGUACUAAGACUACGACCACGACUUCGACUACGACUAGUACGACUACUGUACUCCCAUGGGCUCAAUACUGUUUAUUAUCGAAUUGUAAUCAGCAGAAAAAGGGCCAAAAAAAGGCUAAGUAGCUGGAUCAUGGCUGCCAUCAAGGAAGAGAAGUAUUAGAAAAUGCUGAGAUCUUUUAAUUUUUAGCCAUACUUUUAACGUUCAUAGGCCUGACAGCGACUGUUGUCCCCUUUCAAUCCACAGGCGAGAUAUUCCAAGCAACACUGAAGGAAGUAGACCACUCCCUUCUUCUUCACUCUCGCUCUCAGUUCGGGGUUACAAGCGUCACCCAAUGCGCUCAGAAAUGUCGUGCGGACAGCAAGUGCUUGGCAUUCAACUUUCAACAUACAUCUUCCUCCCCGGUCAGGCAAUGUGAACUGAAAGAUACGUCGAGGCACCAGGACCCUAGGAACUACGUCGAAAGGAGAGGUUACACCUAUUAUGAGGACGUUGGAGGCGGUUUAUAAUCUUCAGUUAAACGGAUCUAUUAAACACAACUUAAUAAAGGG